GGGGUAUUUCAAAGAAAAAUACAGACGAUUUUUAAUAAAUAUGAGCGGUAAAUAGCGAAAAGGAUAUGUAAAUCUUAAGAUAAUUUUUUUUCCCUUAUUGCUAACAUGGAGAGUUUCAAAAGAGGAAUUAAAAAAAAAAAAAAAAAGAUGUUCAGUAUAAGUUUUGGUUCUCAACAAGCACUUAAUAAAAUCAAAUCCUUGACCUUUCACAUUUUGAUUUGCUCCAAUUUCAUUUUCCUUUUACCCAUAUGAAUAUUCAAUAAGGGGCUCCAAUCAACUUCAUGCGCGCGCUGCGCUCGAGCCUCGAGAUAAAAAUAAAAAUCUAUGGACCAAUGAAGUAUGAAGCAAUGAACUAUAACUUCCUAUUCUCAGUAAAAGCAUACACAAAAAACUCGCGUUUCAUACGUUACUACUGCAAAUUUACACCAAUUUCCCAAGAAAUAAGUACUAUUGACCCACCCACGAAUCAAAUAAUACAUGAAACUUAUGAUCAUCUUCUAAAACUAUGUUUGGAACAAUGUGGGAAAAUCAAAGCACGCCAACUGUUCGAGGAAAUGCCUCAGAGAAUAUCUCAAGCUUCUUAUGCUUGUAAAGCCAUCCACGCUCGUAGCUUGAAGUUUGGUUUUGGGUUAAAUGGCCAGUUGGGUAAUGCAGUUCUUGAUUUGUAUGCUAAGUGUGGUAAUGCAGGGUAUACUGAAAGGGUUUUUGAGAGGUUGGAGAUGAGGGAUGUGAUGGGUUGGAAUUCGAUUAUGUCGAUGUAUUCAAGACGUGGGGUGCUAUAUAAAGUUGUCAAGUUAUUUUUGACGAUGCGUGGUUUUCGUGUUCAGCCGAAUGCGUACACUUAUGCUAUAUUGCUUUCUGUUUGUGCUAGGAUGAUGAUGUUUGAUUUUGGGAAGCAAGUACAUUGUGAUGUUAUUAAGAUGGGUUUUGUUUAUCAUUCAUUUUGUGAAGGUUCUUUGACUGAUAUGUAUGUUAAAUGCAACGCUUUAGGUGAUGCCAGACGAAUGUUUGAUCAAUCAUGUAGUCCAAAUUUGGUUUUGUGUACUGCGAUGAUUACAGCAUUCAUUCAGAUGGGUUUGCUUGACGAGGCUCUCAAAGUGUUUGAGAGUAUGCAAAAUUUAGGCUGUGUUCCUGAUCAUGUUGCGUUUGUGACUAUAAUUAAUGCAUUUGUAAAUGAUGGGGGGAUAGAUAAGGCAAGAAGUUUGUUUGUUCAGAUGCCUCAUCCAAACAGUAUGGCUUGGAAUGUUAUGAUCUCUGGGCUGGCAAAACGAGGUUAUGAAGCGGAAGCCAUGAAUUUCUUCUUAAAUAUGAGAAAAGCUGGUGUAUCUUCGACUCGUUCCACUUUGGGAAGUGUUCUAAGAGCCACUGCUAAUUUGAAGGCUCUUCAUGUUGGCCUAUCAGUUCAUGCAGAGGCAAUCAAGCAAGGACUUGAUGAUAAUGUUUAUGUCGGCAGUUCUUUACUAAAUAUGUAUGCCAAAUGUCAGAAGCCAAAGUCUGCGAGGAAAGUCUUUGAUUCUUUGGAACAGAAAAACAUUGUGCUGUGGAAUACCAUGCUUGGGGGCUAUGUACAGAACGGGUUUGCUAGUGAGGUUGCUGAACUGUUUAUGGACAUGAAGGAUGGUGGAUAUCAAGCUGAUGAAUUUACUUAUACCAGCAUUUUGAGUGCAUGUGGUUGCUUGAUGAGAUUGGACUUUGGGAGCCAAUUGCAUUCUCAGAUAAUUAAGACCAAUCUUGAAUCAAAUUUAUUUGUAAGCAAUGCGUUGGUUGAUAUGUACGCUAAAUCAGGCAGUUUAGCAGAAGCAAGGCAGCUAUUUGAGAGAAUAAAAGAUAGGGAUAAUGUUUCAUGGAAUGCAAUCAUUGUUGGGUAUGUACAGGUGGAAAAGGAGUAUGAGGCUUUUGGCCUGUUUCAGAGGAUGAUGUCUGAUGGUACAGCAGCUGAUGAAGUUGCUAUGGCAAGUAUGCUAAGCGCUUGUGCUAAUUUGAAAGAUCUUGCCCAAGGCAGACAAAUGCACUGUUUAUCUGUGAAACAUGGCUUAGCUACUAGCCUUUAUGUGGGAAGCUCUCUUAUUGACAUGUAUGUCAAGUGUGGGGUUAUUCAGACUGCACAAGAGGUUUUUUGUCGCAUGCAUAAUCGCAGCGUGGUUUCCAUGAAUGCUUUGAUUGCUGGGCUUGCUCAGGACAAUUUAGCAGAAGCGGUAAAAAUCUAUAAGCUUAUGCUAGCUGAAGAACUAUGUCCAUCUGAAAUUACCUUUGCUAAUCUUUUAGAUGCAUGUCAUGGGUCUUUCAUGUUUGAUCUAGGGAGGCAAAUCCACUGCCUCUUGCUAAAGAAAGGAAUGCUAUAUGACGACGGAUUCUUGGGUAUAUCCUUGUUAGGUAUGUACAUGGAUUCCCAUAAGAUAUCAGAUGCGAGUAAACUUUUUCUGGAGUUCCCAAAACGAAAGAGUGCAAUACUCUGGACGUCUAUGAUCUCCGGAUUAAACCAAAAUGACUGCCAUGAGGAGGCUUUGCAGCUUUAUAGAGAAAUGCGCAGCUAUGAUGUUUUGCCAGAUCAAGCAACGUUUGCUAGCAUUCUCAAAGUAUGCUCUAUUUUAACUUCAUCGAGGGAUGGUACUGAAAUCCACUCAUUUGUUUUUCGCUCUGGCUUCAAUUCAGAUAUGUUAGUAGGCUGUGCUCUUAUAGACAUGUAUGCCAAAUGUGGAGAUGUGAAAAGUUCUGUGCAGGUUUUCAAGGAAAUUGACAGUAAAUGGGAUGUCAUCCUUUGGAAUUCAAUUAUAGUUGGAUUAGCUAAAAAUGGUUAUGUAGAAGAUGUACUAAAGAUAUUUGGUGAACUAAUGCAAUCACAUGUGGAUCCUGAUGAGGUGACAUUUCUCGGUGUUCUUAGUGCUUGUAGUCAUGGAGGCAAAAUAAUUGAAGGUCGUUAUAUCUACAAUAUGAUGGUUGAUCAGUGCGGUAUUCAGCCAAGAAACGAUCACUGUGCCUGUAUGAUUGACCUUUUUGGUCGAUGGGGUUUUCUUGAGGAAGCAGAGAGCUUUAUUGACAAUUUGGAGAUUCAACCUGAUGCGAAGAUCUGGGCGUCAUUUCUUGGUGCCUGCAAAUUGCAUGGAGAUGAUGCAAGAGGGAGGAAAGCAGCAGAAAAGCUGAUUUAUUUGGAUCCUCGAAGUUCUUCCGCGUACAUUUUGCUUUCAAGUAUACAUGCUUCCUCAGGUAAUUGGAGUGAGGUUGACUCUUUGAGGACGCAAAUGAGAGAAAAGGGUGUCCCAAAGUUUCCUGGAUCUAGCUGGAUUAGUAGGAAGGAGGAUGAUGUUCAUAACUUGGUAUAAUUUAUUGGUUAUUUUUCAAGCUGCUUUACUCAAGAGGCAUUGGAGGCCAUGCAUCCUUUUCCUGGGCACCAUGCAACAUUAUCUUAAAACAGACAACAGUGCCGCACCAUAUUUCUUCCGUCCUCCUAAUGUAAUACUCUUGAGAGUCGAGGCAUCCUAUGGUCUGGUUAUCUGCUCUUCAGAUUGCAAAGAAAUCUUUAUGGAGCUGAGAGUAGAAGCAGUUUUGUGACAGAAGAUUUGAGUGAUGGACAAAGCAAAAGCGCUUUUGAACAUAGUUUUAUUUGGGGUUGGCUUCCAUCUUUUACUUUCUAAUAUUGACAAGUUAGUUGAUAUUAGAAGUUGAUAUCACGGAGCUGAGAGUAGAAGCAGUUGUGCGCGUCCCAUGCUGGCUGGGUGUGGGGGGAGAUCAAGAUGUACAUAACGUUGUGAUUCAAGACUAAGACAAGGCCCCUCAGUGAAGAAUAUUUAAGUUUAAAGUAGAAGAGAGGUAUCAAUCAGAAUCUGUAGCAAAAAUAGUCAGGCAUUUUUGGGAGUUAUAGUCUUAGACUAGUAGUAAUGAUGAAAAGAAAUGGCAGCAGAGAUCUUAUAGACACAGUUAAGGCAGGGAUAGAGCUACGAUGCUGUUAAGUCUUCAAAAAGAGUUAAUCAGAAGCUGGAAAGAUUGUGGUUUGACGCGUACCCACUGGAAGAUCUUUUAGUAGGAUUGCCCGGUCAACCAAAGGUUGGAUUCAGACAGUUUGCUGGCUACAUUGAUGUGGAUGUCAAGGCUGGGAGGAGCUUGUUUUACUACUUUGUUGAAGCUGAACAAGAUCUUGACCUUAAGCCUCUCACUCUCUAGCUCAAUGGAGGCUAUCGUAGAGCCUACCAAAGAUACAAACCUCGCAAGGUCCUUCUACCUAGAUAGCAGGGCAAGGGUUGAUACCACAUGGACGGACUAACAAGAGAACCAUCCUCCAGGUAAUAUCGACUAUGAUAAGUUAGGUCUAAAUUGGUAAAAAGGGUAAUCAACUAUUGCAUAUAUAAACUAUUUAGGAAUUGUAACCAAAAAAAUUAGCCACAAUCAAACCUACCCAUACGCUUAAAGAGUCAAAGAAUGAUAAACUGCACUAGGGUAGAGGAACUCACCAAUCACUUCAACCAUAAACCAAUAAUCAAUCAAGGGGAGUAACUGUGGGCUCUAUUGAGGGUGAAUAUCAUUCGCAGGUGCUCUAAUUAGAGAGGCUUUGAGUGAUACAAUUUUCACUCAUGAGUCCCCUGCUUUGUUUUUGUUUUGGUUUACUGAUGUUUGGCAUAGAUGUGCCCCAAUACUCGUAUUUGUUCAGACUAAUGAGAGCAGCUCAAAUGUUGAUUGUAUUAAGCUUGAGAGUUGGCUGUAUCCCCACCCACUGAUAAAAUAAAAUAAAAAACAAAUGUGAAUAAAGAUUAAGAAAUGAAACACUUUAGGCCACGCCCAGUCAAAAUGGGAGCUGGUAUGAUUCUUUAUAAUCUGUCUACAAUAAUACCUAUUAUUUAUCUAAUGUAGUAUUGUUGGAGAAUUGGUAGACCCAAAAAUAAUACAUGUAUGUACUUCCUCCGUUUCAUAAUACUCGCUACACUUUCCAUUGUGGGAAGUUUCACAUUACUUGCUACACUUCCUUUUUGGGAAAUAAACUCUUUCUAUCCCUCUCCUCUCACAUGGGUCCCUUUUCCUUUUACUCUCUACCUCUCUCUUUCCAAAAAUUGCCUAGGAGUCCGUAAAAUUGAGAAGUGUAGCUAGUAAUAUGAAACGGAGGAAGUAUUAGUAUUCACCUGUAUCUUAUUCAACAGGCCCUGGUGUUUCGUGCUUGGUGGUGGUGCCUAUACGGAACUGGGACCUUUUUUUUCCCUACAGGUGAUGGUAGGGGUCUACUUCAAAAUUCAAAAUCAUGAAAUAAAGAUUACACUUUUCUACCAUCUCUUUUACCCUUUGUUUAGAAGUUUUAAGUCACCUGGUUUUUUUAUGACCCACAUUUUUAUAAUUUGUACUUGUUUUUCUGUGUCCAUGACAGCGUCCAAUCUCCUCUUUGUUGAGUCUCCAGCUGGAGUAGGAUGGUCAUAUUCAAAUACAACUUCCGAUUACAAUGCUUGGGAUAUCUCAACAGGGCAUUACAUACCACAGUCGGCUGUUGCUUUACUGGAUCAUAAUGCCAAUUCAAGUGCUUUUAAGUUCAACAUAAAAGGAGUUGCUCCCCCCAAUCAGAGAAGAAAUUCAAGAUAGGAAAUCCCCCCACUCUUUAUUUUGGUGAGUCAGAUAGGAAAUCCUUUGCUCAAACUUGAUCGAGAUAUUCAGGCUGAAUAUGAGUUCUUAUGGUCACAUGGGAUGAUUUCUGAUGAAAUUGGUCUCACCAUAAUCAAGGAGUGUAACUUCAAUGAUUACAGUUUUGGCAAUCCUGAUAAUAAUGUAUCCAGGAAGUGCUAAAAUGCAAUAACAGAAGCGAAGCUCAGCGUUGGCAGCUACGUUGAUAAUUAUGAUGUGAUUCUAGAUGUUUGUUACCCAUCAAUAGUGGAGCAAGAACUUCGUUUGAGGAAAGUGGCCACUAAAUUAAGCUUAGCCUCUUAGGUAUUGAUGUUUGCAUCAAUUAUGAAUCUUGGUUCUAUUUCAAUGUUCCAGAAGUACAACACGCUCUCCAUGCAAAUCGACAAAACUGCCCUAUACCUGGUCCAUGUAUAGUGAUGUUUCAAACUAUACUAAGACUGACAUCAGAUUGGAUAUGCUUCCACUGGCUUAAAAUAAUCAUCCAAAAGGGUGUUCCAGUUUGGAUUUACAGUGGAGAUCAAGAUUCUGUAGCUCCACUGCUGGGAGCCUGGGAUCCCGCACGAUGAUUCAUGAACUUGCUCGUGACUUAAAUUUGAAGGUCACUGUUCCUUAUGGAGCCUGGUUUCAUAAAGAGCAGUAAGGGGUGCUGCACAUAUGGUGCUCUAUUCACAGCCAGCAAGGGCUUUACAUCUCUUCAGCUAUUUUGUUCGUGGACAAAGAUUGCCAAAUGCAACACGCCUGCCCACCGAUCACUAACAAGAUUAGCCAUCUCGUGUAUGAACUACGGAACUGUGAAUUGAUCUAAUUUUUAUUGCGAUGUGAGGAGCUAUCAGUUUGUUA